GCGCAUGUCGCAGCCCGCAGCGAGCGGAGCCUUCCUGGGUCCCAGCCCGGCCCGUGCGCAGGCGGGUCCCGGCUGCAGCCCCAGGGCGGGGAGCGGGCGAGAGGCGGCCCCGGGGAGGCAGCAGCAGCCGCGGGGCGGGAAGUCGCUGCCCGGGCGGAGGAAGCGGCCGGGGCCGGAGCCGAGCCCGGCGAUGGCUGCAGCGGGGCCGGCGCAGCAGCUCCAGGUGGCGUUUGAGGACGUUGCUCUGUAUUUCACUCGGGAGGAGUGGGAACUCCUAUCCCAGCCAGAGCAGCAGCUGUACCGGGACCAGAUGCUGAGGAAUUACUGGACCCUUGUUUCCUUGGGCUAUUCAGGUUCCACACCGGACUUAAUCCACCGGCUCGAGGCAGGGGAGGCAGAGCUCUGGAUCCAAGAUGCUGAGGACUCCAGGGAAACCUCAGGGCCUGAGAGCCCCUCCUCAGCAGGGCUCGGGAUCCUGGGGGGAAUGCGGACACAGAGUGAAUGUGGGGAAAGUGCGGCGGGGAAGCAGGAUUCUACGUUCCACAUAGGGAUUCAUGCACAGGACGCAGUCCAUCCCCAGGCUAAACUCAGCCAGAGACUAGACCUUGCUACACACCAGAGACUCCCCAUGGGCCAGCGUCCCCACCGCUGCAUCGACUGCGGCAAGAGCUUCAUGAGUCCCUCCGCGCUGAGCCAGCACAAGUACACGCACGCUCGGGCGUGGCUGCACCGCUGCUCUGACUGUGGCAAGGCCUUUGCACGGAGCGCACACCUGAGAAGACACCAGAGCGUGCACACCGGGGAGCGGCCACAUCGCUGUCCUGAGUGCGGCAAGGGCUUUGCAGAGAGCUCAGGCCUGAGAGUACACCUGCGCAUGCACACCGGGGAGCGGCCGUACCAGUGUGCUCACUGUGGUAAGGGAUUCUGCAGUUCGUCCUCACUGACCCAGCACCAGCUCACGCACACCGGGGAGCGGCCGCAUCACUGUGCUGACUGCGGCAAGGGCUUUGCAUGGCGCUCACACCUGAAAAGACACCAGCUUAUGCACACUGGGGAGCGGCCGCAUCACUGUGCUGACUGUGGCAAGAGCUUUACAGAGAGCUCAACGCUGAGAAUACAUCAGCGCACACACACUGGGGAGCGGCCGCACCACUGUGCCCACUGCAAUAAGGGUUUUGCAGAGAGCUCAAGCCUAAGGAAACACCAGUGCACGCACACUGGGGAGUGGCCACACCGUUGUGCCCACUGUGGUAAGGGAUUCCGCUGUGCCUCCACACUGACACUGCACCAGCGUGCACACACUGGGGAGCAGCCACACCGUUGUGCCCACUGUGGUAAGGGAUUCCGCUGUGCCUCCACACUGACACGGCACCAGCGCGCACACACUGGGGAGCAACCGUACUGCUGUGCUGACUGCGGGAAAGGCUUUGCAGGGCGCUCACGGCUGAGAAUUCACCAGCGCAUGCACACUGGGGAGCGGCCAUAUCGCUGUGCUUACUGUGGCAAGGGCUUUGUAGAGAGAUCAAACCUGAGAUCACACCAACGCACGCACACUGGGGAGCGACCGUAUCACUGUACUGACUGCGGCAAGGGCUUUGCACAGUCCUCAACCCUGAAAAAACACCAGCGCACGCACCGGGGAGCAGCCGCAGCACUGGAGCUGGAUGCCACCCUUGGUGGCGACUUCACAUCCACUGCCAAGAGCCCUGUGGAUACUUUGGUGGGGCUGCAGGCGGUGGACAGGGGGCUCAAGCCCGAGAACGAAGUCGUGGGCAAAGAGGUCAAGUUGGAGAACGUGCAGUCCGCAGGGUCCGGGGGGGGGGCUGAGCCGGAAGGUCCCUGCGCUGGGGCCUCCCCCGGCUGCUGGAGCCGGCGGCGCAGGCGCGGGGCGGAGCGGGGCCAGCCCGGCCCCCUGGGUCCCAGCUCGGCCCGUGCGCAGGCGGGUCCCGGUUGCAGCCCCAGGGCGGGGAGCGGGCGAGAGGCGGCCCCGGGGAGGCAGCAGCAGCCGCGGGGCGGGAAGUCGCUGCCCGGGCGGAGGAAGCGGCCGGGGCCGGAGCCGAGCCCGGCGAUGGCUGCAGCGGGGCCGGCGCAGCAGCUCCAGGUGGCGUUUGAGGACGUCGCUCUGUAUUUCACCCGGGAGGAGUGGGAGCUCCUAUCCCAGCCAGAGCAGCAGCUGUACCGGGACCAGAUGCUGAGGAAUUACUGGUCCCUAAUUUCCCUGGGCUAUUCAGAUUCAACACCGGACUUAAUUCAACGGAUCGAGUUAGGGGAGGCAGAGCUAUGGAUCAGGGAGGCUGAGGACUCCAGGGAAAACUCAGGACCUGAGAGCCCCUCCUCAGCAGGGCUUGGGAUCCUGGGAGGAACGAGCACAUGGUCUGGCUGUGGCAGGAGCUUCCGCCAGUCCUCAGUCCUGAAAAUACACCCACGUACACACAAUGGAGAGCAGCUAUACUGCUGUGCUGACUACAGGAAGGGCUUUGCAUGGAGCUCAAAUGUGAGAACACACCAGCGCGCACACACUGGUGAGCGUCCGCACCGCUGUGCUGACUGCACCAAGGGCUUUGCAGAGAGGUCACACCUGAGAAUACACCAACGCACACACACGGGAGAGCGCCCGUACCACUGUGCUGACUGCGACAAAGGCUUUGCAGAGAGCUCAAGCCUAAAAAGACACCAGCGCACACACACCGGUGAGCGGCCGUACCACUGUGCUGACUGCGGAAAGUGCUUUGCACAGAGCUCAAUCCUGAGAAGACACCGGCGCACACAUACCGGGGAGCGGCCGUACCACUGUGCUGACUGUGGCAAGGGCUUUGCACAGAGUUCAAGCCUGAGAAGACACCAGCGCACACACACCGGGGAGCGGCCGUACAGCUGUGCUGACUGUGGCAAGAGUUUUGCAGAGAGCUCAAACUUGAGAACACACCAACACACACACAGCGGGCAGCCGCCGCACCGCUGUGAUGUUUGUAGCAAGAACUUCAGCAGCACCAAUGCACUAGCCAAACACCAGCGCACACACAGCGGGGAGAGGCCUUUCCAAUGCACUGACUGCAGCAAGAGCUUUGCAGAGAGCUCAAGCCUGAGACGACACCAGCGCGCACACACCGGGGAGCGGCCAUACAGCUGUGCUGAGUGUGGCAAGCGGUUUGGUAGAUUGGCCAACCUCAUCCGGCACCAGGUCACUCACACCAACGCCCCUCUGCCAUCGCCAGGGCUUGGGGGGCUUCUGGCAGCCAGUGGGCCUGACAUAGCACCAGCAGAUGUAGACCAGCGAGUGGUCUUGUCCCCCUGAUGACCAGCAGAGACUGUGUGGGGCGGGGAAGGGAACUUGGUUGAGCACUGUGGGGAAGAGCAGACCGGUCCAGGUAGUAAUUUAGAGAUUGUCACAGCCUACUUCAUUAGGGAGCUCCCCCCUUGCCCCCCAUGUAGGUGGGAUCCAACUAUGUCUGUCCCACACACACUCAUGCAUCUAGCAGGGAUGCAGCCAAAACAACCCCCUCCAUCUAGAUGGGACCCAGCCAGGAACUUCUCCCCAUGCCUACCUUGUUUCCAGCCAGCAGGUGACUCUUGGGUGACAUCUAGAGGUGGGACUUGCAGUCCUGUUGGGCUGGGCAGGACAGGACUGCCUGGUCCAUGUAAUUGAAAGAAGACUCAGGAACUGCUCAUACCGUCUAUUUUAAAUAGAAAUGUGAUGAAGAAGAACUACAUACCUAAUGUGUAACACAGGUCUGUCUAGCCAGGUGUUUCUUUGCUAUUAAAGAAGCAGAUGGUUCACAUGGCAUGUGGAGAAGCCUGUGUGAAGUGUAAAUCUUUAAGGUGAACCAGUGAAAAUGUUCUAAGCCCUAACUGUCUGUAAGGCGGUCGCGGCUUCCUCCCUGUCCAUCAGGAGGCUGUGCAGUCCCAGCUGUGCUUGAGCCUUAGGAACUGGGAUACCUACAGGCAGAUUUCUCGAGGCCUGUGAUCGGGACAUGCUGCAGUGCAGAGCGGAGAUAGAGGAGAUAAGGCAGGCGCACCAUAACGCGAGGGAGGUGAACUCCCAUUCAGGUGCUUCACCUAAGACUUGCUGGUUCUAUAAGGAGCAACCCCUCCUCCAUUAGCAAGAGUCCCAUGGACACUUCAGAGGGCCUGGGGUGGCAGAAAGAGGACCUAAGCCAGAGGAUGAAGUUAUUGAUGAAGAGUGGAGUUAGAUGAGGAUGUGCAGCUCCUGGCAGGGUCGCCCAGUGGGGCAGGAAACCCCUCCACUCCAGAGGUGUCUAGCUAGACUCAGCAGUGGCUCUCUCAGAAGCAAGAAGCAGGAGAUGAGAUGCCUGAUGUGGCCUUCAGGGACACCCCACGCAUGCUGGCCGAGCGUCUCUGCCAGAUAAGAAAGCACCCAAGACACAGCAAAAAAGACGUGUUCCGGGAGGUCUGGCAGCGCUCCAAUGCAGAAAAAAGGGAACACAAGGAGUGCUGGGAAGCCAAAUGGCAGGACAGAAAAGAGAAUCACACCUUUAUUAAGGACGCAAUUGAGCAACUGAUUAAAGUAAUGGAGGAGCAAAUACAGAUGCUGAAGUCCUUAAUAAUGCUGCAGACUGAGGCCUUGCGUACACUCAGGGGAAAUUCGAUCUAAGCUACGCAAUUUGAGUUAGGUGAAUAGUGUAACUCAAAUCGACAUAGCUUAGAUCUACUUACCAAGGGGUCUACACUACGUGAUUUCGACGGGAGACAUUCUCCUGUCGACUCCCCAUAUUCCUCUCGAUCCAGUGGAGUACAGGAGUUGAUGGGAGAGCGAUCUGCGGUCAGUUUAGUGGGUCUUUACUAGAGCCACUAAAUUGACCAAUGAUGCAUCCCUGUAAGUGUAGACAAGCCCUGAGCAAAUCAGUGUUGGACCUCCACUGCAGCACAUUCAGAACCCUUUCUCAUGCCCCCCACAAAUUUCUUUCUGCUUUCCAGCACUUCUGUGUGUCCCAUUCACUCCACCCCCUCAGACAACUUUCACAAGGCUAGCUGGACCUACACACAGUUGUGAAAGUCUGCCCUUCCCUGGUUCCUCCUUUCCUGCCAAGCAUCUGUGUGUUUGUGUGUGCUGUUUCUUAUGCAAUAAAAGCAGAGUUUUAUAAUGGUAAA